GGAUGGCAACGAGUACUCGGUUAACCGAGUACUCGAUCGAACGUCCGAAUAUCGGUUAACAAAACUGAUAUUCGAUUACUCGGAAAAAAAAAUAAAAUUUCUAUUUAUUUUAGAUUUAAUGAGAUUGGUGUCCAGUUAGUUCAGAAAUUCGGAGAUAUACCUGUAUCUUCAUAAAUACCUGUAAAAUAAAAUAAAAACAUCCUUGAAGAGGUGCGAAAAUUAUAUCGUAAACAUAACGAGUGAUCAACAGUUUGACACGCGCAUGGGAUUGAACACCUGUGUCGCUUACAUCAUUCGGCCUCUUAUGAUAUUUAAUGACCUUUAAUUGUGUAACAGUUUGUAGCCAAAACUUGUUUUAAGGUAACCGUUUUGAAAACAGUAAAGGGCCGGAUUGUUAUUAUGAAUGUUAGAUUAAAGGUUGUAAUUAGACGCAAUUAUACGUUGUUUUUCUUUACUCAAUAAAGGAGAGUAACUCCCUUUUCUUCUUUAAGCAUAUAAAUCCAGAAAUAUCAUUAACUUUUUAUAUCUUGAUAAAGUUUUUGCUUAGAAUAAGAUAUUAAAAUUUCCAUAAGAGUCAAAAUGCCGCCUGCAAAAUCUAAUGCCUGGAAAUAUUUCAAACGCUGUGCUGAUAGCAAGACUGUUAAAUGUACAUUAUGUAGCUGUGAAAUGACGUAUACUGGUGGUACUACAAACAUGCUAAAUCAUUUACGCUUAAAGCAUCCUUCUGAAAACAAAAUCUCUGACACACAAAAACAACACUCAAUGGACAUAUUUGUGAACACGAAAAAUAAAAUAACUGAAACGCAAAGUGAAAAAAUCACGCAGGCUAUAGCAAACAUGAUUGUAAAGGACUAUAUACCUUUAAGUAUAGUAGAAAGUGAAGGAUUUCUUAAUCUGAUGCAGAUAGUAGUGCCAGAGUACAAAGUGCCGAGUAGAAACACAGUAAAAUCGCGUAUUGAGAAGAGAUACGAUGACGAAAGAGAGUCUCUUGUCAAAAACCUAGAAAGUGUUCAAUCAGUUUCGCUCACCACUGAUACAUGGACAUCUAAUGCUACUGACAGUUACAUGACUAUUACUGAACAUCAUCUUACUGAUGACUGGGUGAUGGAAUCUAACGUGUUGAUGACUCGCGAAAUGCAAGAGAGACACACUGGUGAAAAUCUCGCAAAUAAACUGAAGGAUUGUGUAUCUGAGUUCGGAUUAGAAAACAAAAUUGGGUCAAUUGUACAUGAUAACGCGAGAAAUAUGCAAAGUGCUAGUGAAAAGUGCGAGGAUUGGGGUGAUGUAGGCUGCUUUGGACAUACGCUUCAGUUGUGCGUAAAACCCGCACUUGAAUUACCAAAUGUAAGCAAAAUAGUGGCUAAAAGUAGAAAACUCGUUGGACACUUUAAACAUUCCACGACCUUAACAGCAGAAAUGAGAAAUAGACAGAAAGUGUUCAAAGUACCUGAACAUGAACUUAUUCAAGAUGUGCCAACGAGAUGGAACUCAACGCAUCUCAUGUUAGAAAGACUGUGUGAACAAAAACGUGUUAUCACGGAUAUUAUGUUAGACGAUAAGUUCACUAAGAAAAGUGAUAGCAAUUUGUUACUCAAAGAUCACGAGUGGGAUAAUAUUUUGGAUCUCAAAGACGUGUUGAAGGACUUUACCGCGGUAACCACUUACAUUUCAACCGAGACAAAUGUCUCUUGUUCUCAGAUUUAUCCAAUCGUUUGUGGACUUAUGAAUACCAGUGUGAAAGUAAUAAAUCAAAUAGUAGAAUACCUAAAAUACUGA